AUCUUCGACUUAUGAUUUAUGCCCGUUUUACCUCGUGACUAUUGAUUACUUCUGCAAUCAAAAUCGGGAAGUUCGUGGGCCAGUUAAAUGAUCAGUGGGAGCCAAUCGUGUUGGAACUAAGUGUGUAUUCUUAGUAAAUUUAUUUGAUUCCUCUCAGAACGGAACUGAAGAGUUUCGUGCGUCGCGACGCUUGUGACUGUUUUAACCUAAAAAUAUUGGCUCUCGUUGAAAUCAAAUAUGGGAUCCCUUUUUCGAAGCGAGGAGAUGACCUUGUGUCAACUCUUUUUACAAAGUGAAGCAGCUUACGCCUGUGUCUCGGAACUUGGCGAACUUGGUCUCGUACAAUUUCGAGAUCUCAAUCCCGAUGUUAAUGCCUUCCAACGAAAAUUCGUUAACGAGGUACGACGCUGCGACGAAAUGGAACGUAAGCUGCGAUACUUGGAGAAAGAAAUUAAGAAGGACGGUAUUCCAAUGCUCGACACUGGGGAGAACCCCGAGGCUCCGCAACCUAGAGAGAUGAUAGAUCUUGAAGCAACGUUCGAAAAAUUAGAGAACGAACUACGAGAAGUCAACCAGAAUGCGGAAACUCUUAAACGUAACUUCUUGGAAUUGACCGAGCUGAAGCAUAUACUUAGAAAAACGCAGGUUUUCUUCGACGAGGCUGAGCAUGGAGGUGUCGUGUCGCAGAUGGCAGACCCCAGCCGUGAGGAAGAACAAGUCACUCUCUUGGGUGAAGAGGGCCUCCGCGCUGGCGGCCAGGCUCUCAAGCUCGGUUUCGUCGCAGGAGUUAUUCUACGAGAACGUAUUCCAGCCUUUGAACGUAUGCUUUGGCGAGCAUGCCGUGGUAAUGUAUUUCUUCGUCAAGCAGAGAUCGAAUCUCCUCUGGAAGAUCCUUCAACGGGGGAUCAAGUCUUUAAGUCUGUGUUCAUCAUAUUCUUCCAAGGUGAUCAAUUGAAAACUCGAGUUAAAAAGAUCUGCGAGGGAUUUAGAGCCACUUUGUACCCUUGCCCCGAAGCACCAGCUGAUCGUCGCGAGAUGGCUAUGGGAGUUAUGACUCGAAUUGAAGAUUUAAACACAGUCCUUGGACAAACGCAGGAUCAUCGACAUCGUGUUCUAGUAGCCGCUGCAAAGAAUAUCAAGAAUUGGUUUGUGAAAGUUCGCAAAAUCAAGGCAAUUUAUCAUACCUUAAAUCUAUUUAAUUUGGAUGUUACGCAAAAGUGUUUAAUCGCUGAAUGUUGGGUUCCCGUAUUAGACAUUGAAACAAUUCAACUGGCAUUGCGUCGUGGAACUGAACGCAGUGGAAGCUCUGUGCCACCGAUUUUGAAUCGUAUGGCAACGUUUGAAGAUCCGCCUACGUACAAUCGUACCAAUAAGUUCACCAAAGGUUUUCAAGCUCUGAUAGAUGCAUACGGCGUUGCUUCUUACAGAGAAAUGAAUCCAUCUCCUUAUACUAUCAUAACGUUCCCAUUCUUAUUUGCUGUUAUGUUUGGUGAUACUGGCCACGGCUUACUUAUGUUCCUCUUUGGUGGGUGGAUGGUAUUAAAAGAAAAACCAUUGGCUGCAAAGAAAUCUGACAAUGAAAUUUGGAAUAUCUUCUUUGGUGGUCGGUAUAUUAUUUUUCUGAUGGGCUUAUUUUCAAUGUAUACCGGACUUAUAUACAACGAUAUAUUUUCCAAAUCGUUGAACGUCUUUGGAUCAUAUUGGAGAAUCAGUUACAAUUUCUCAACGAUAAACACGAACAAAGACUUGCAAUUAGAUCCUAGUGAUAAAGACAUGUAUCUACAGAUUCCAUAUCCACUAGGAAUGGAUCCUGUGUGGCAAUUAGCUGAGAACAAAAUCAUUUUCUUGAACUCGUAUAAAAUGAAAAUAUCUAUCAUUUUUGGGGUCAUACACAUGUUAUUUGGUGUAAUAAUUGGACUAUGGAAUCAUAUGUAUUUCAGAAGGAGACCGAACAUAAUUUAUGAAUUUAUUCCUCAAAUUAUUUUCCUUGUGUUUCUUUUCCUGUAUUUGGUUCUACUUAUGUUCAUUAAAUGGAUUAAAUAUGGCCCUGAUAGCGAUGGCACAGACCCAGCCCAUGGACCUUUCUGCGCACCAUCAGUAUUAAUUACAUUUAUUAAUAUGGUAUUAUUCAAAUCUGAAACUGAGUCGAAAGAGCCAGUAGUCGAAAAAGUAUGUAGUCCCUGGAUGUAUGCUGGACAAAAUGGAUUCCAAUCGCUUCUUGUUGUCAUAGCCGUCCUUUGCAUUCCAUGGAUGUUAUUUGGAAAACCUGUUUCAAUGAUGUACAAUAGAAAGAAGCAACAUUAUCAGUUAAACAACCAUGGUACAGAAAAUGGAGAUGUAGAAGGUGGUGUUGAUGCUAUACAACCAGCAAGUGGAAUUCCUCAAGGAGGUCACAAAGAAGAAGAGGAGGAUAUGAGUGAAGUAUUUAUUCAUCAAGGCAUUCAUACUAUUGAGUAUGUUCUUGGUAGUGUUUCUCACACUGCGUCUUAUCUUCGUUUAUGGGCUUUAUCUCUUGCUCAUGCACAAUUAUCGGAAGUAUUGUGGAACAUGGUAAUGAGAAGUGGGUUAACUCAAGAAGGUUGGGCGGGAGGUAUUAUUCUGUGGGCUGUGUUUGCAUUCUGGGCCACUCUAACUGUUGGUAUUCUAGUCCUUAUGGAAGGUUUAUCCGCUUUCUUACAUACACUCCGACUUCAUUGGGUCGAAUUUCAAAGCAAAUUUUAUGCUGGACUUGGAUAUGGUUUCCAACCAUUUUCAUUUGAAAUUAUUUUGGAUGCGGCACAAUCCACUACAGAAGAUUAAAGUAUAUUGUUGUAUAAUACAAAUUUUACUUAUUGCAUAUAUUAUCAGUGAAUUUCUUGCUUUCCAUAAAUAUAGGAAAUAUAAAAGUCGUCGCAAAUACAAAUAAAGUUUCUCUAAAAUCUAUGAAAUUAUGAUAAAUUAAUAUUUUUAAAUGAAGUCUUGUUCUUGUUUAUGCAAUAGAAAUAACUAUAUCUUCAAAAGUAAAAACGUUUCAAAAUUUAUUUAAAAUAUUAUUUCUACAAUACGCAGUAAUAAUCAAGUUUACAUUUAAUUAUAUUUCUUCAUCAUACAAUUAAAUAUUGUUUAAAAUAUUAUUUGAAAUUAUUUAAAAAAACUUUCAUUAGACGACACUUGCAGAAUUCACAAGAAUAUAAAAUGUGUAAGUUAUAAUUUGAUCUGAAGUAGGAAAAAUAACUAUACAAUUAUAUCCAUGUCGUGUAUUUAACUAUUAUUAUAAUUACACACAUAUAUGUUAUAAACUGUUACAUUAUUUUACCAUUGCAUUCCUAUCUGUUACAUAAUAAAAUAUGAACAAUA